AGGAGCUAUUGGAGCAAAAGGAGGAGCAAUGGCGUCGCGUGCGGCGGUACAAGAAGGAGGCCGUCGAGCUUUCCGUCUUGGCUCACAUUCUGAGGGAAUGAGGCUCCUGCCGUUGCGUCGUCUUCUCUGCUCUCUAAUGGCGGAAAGGGACACAUCGGCCGGCGUCAUUUCUUCCAGCCAGCCUCAUUAUUGCUGGGGGACCCUCUUGGCUUCGCCCAUGCCGACGACUCGCAGGGAACGUGACCUUCGUAAACAGACAAAUAGGGCUCCUGUCUCCGUUUCAGAUAAGCGAGGGACCGUCAGAAUGAAAGCAGCUGGGCAUUUGCUCUGCUUCUUGGCGUGGGGGAAGAAAGAAAACCAUGCGUCAGCUGGCUCUCGUGGCUUCUGUUUUUCUCAUUUUCUUGCAGAUAACUUGUUCGACGAUAUGUCUCGACGUAGAAAACCAGGCUAAUUGCCUGCGACGCCAAAUCAGUAAAACGAUAAUUGCAUUUUCUCUUUCGUUUCUUUUUGUUUUGCCUAAAUUAAAGUUUCGUUAAUCGAGGCGCAAUUCUCGGAGCUUCUGCUCCUUGAGGAAGGGGAUGAUAGCGACGUUCUCCUCGAGAAGCUUCUGCUCCAGGAGCUGGAUGCGGAGCAGGGACUCCUUGUCCUGGAGCUCCUCCACCAGGCGGAGCAGCUCGGCGACGUUGGGCAAGCGGAGUUGCACAGGGGCGGAGGCGCAGGGAAAGUAGAAGCCGAAGGACCGGGCGAAGGUGCUCCGACAACGCCUUCUUCAGCUCGUCCAACUCUGUCUCGAGCGCUCGGUUCUCCGUCUGCGGGCGCUCUUUCCGGUCGCCGGCCCGCGCGAGCUCGUCACCCUCGGUAGCGAUCUCCUUCAGGAGCUCCUUUACCAGGCGGAGCAGCUCGGCGACGUUGGGCGAGCGGAGUUGCACCUGGGUGGAGGCACAGGGAAAGUAGACGCCGAAGGACCGGGCGAAGGCGCCUACGGCCUCGUCAUCGGAUGACCGGCGGGGCACGUCCGUUCUUGUUCGGGUCGUCUAACGAAGAUUUGAUUCAGAUGAAACAAAAGGAAACAGAGAAGUUGUAAUUAUCGAUUUUGCGUCAAAUCACGUAAAUUAGUUCUGGGAAAACCCUUAAGGCCAAGUGGAAGAACGUUUAGAAUGAAAACUCCGGCAUUUGCCCGCAGUCUGCGGUGGCUGAUCGAUGCUGGUGAUGGGAGUUGGAGUCGUCUCUCAAGCGAUGGGGGCCCUCCGGCAAUCUGUACAUGGAUUUCCCCACGCAAAUCUGGGCAGGCGCAGUGCUUUCUUAAUCUUGGUUAGCUUUAGCCUCUCUGCAUCAGCUGCUGCUGCGGUGAUUACUGUUUGCUCUGACGGUGACUCUGUUUCUGAUGGAUGGUUUUCCCGCGACAGAGAGGACAAUUCCCAGUCUCGUUUCGCAGGCAAAGCGAGCCAACAUUUCAUUUUUGGGGGCGGGGGGGACCGAACGAAGCACAGCGUGGCGGAAUGCAGAAGCUUACAGGACCAGAACAGCGCCGUGUGCAUCGCUGCCCGCGCCACUGGGGCACUCGAACGAGGACUGCGCAAGCAAACGAGUUGUGCCGACAGCGACACGUCGGGAUCCACGGCGCAGUUAUGGUGGGAGGUGAAUGAGAGGGAGGAGGAGACUUGACAGUGCAGCUUUGUUGUCCUAAUUGGGGCACCUCGGUCUCAGCUCGUUGAUACAACAUCAGUUUCUUUUGGCUUCAGUCUGUCUAUUCGUGAUCAGCCUCAGCUUACUGACAGUGCAUUCUUGUUGACUGCUCCGUGAAUCGAAAGCUUGGCUCUCAAGUGCGUCUCCUUAAUUGGAGAGCGCUAAUCAAGUGCGUCUCCUUAAUUGCCCUAACGGGACUUUACUUCGUACUGAGUUGCGUCAUGGUAGCACGUAAAAUGCACACGAGACAGCCAUCGCCAUCGAAGCAUCGAUCAAUCAUGCGUUGCGUUUGCAGAAAGUAAAGGAAGGAAGCAUCGUUUUGGGAAGACGACAUGAACCGGCGACAACAAACCAUGUCCGGCCUUCUCUUUCAUUACAUGCCGGAGGUGUCAACGUGCCAGGUGCUGGAAAACCCAGGCACUUAACUUUCUCUUCACCACUCUAUCCUGAUUCCUUUUCUCCUCCGUCUCUCUUGUUCUAUUCCCAGCUGUUUCAUCACUCGCUACCAUGUAGCUGCGGUGUCAAAGAGAAGGUGAUCUCUCACUCGAUGAUGGAAUCUAAUUGUUUUGUGUUUUUUGACUGAGAUGAUCAAAAGCGAAGAUGAAAAUGUUGUAAUGAUACGGUUAAUUUAGUUGGUGGGGAUGGAAGUUGGUUAUGGUCCCAAUCCUUGAAAUAUCAGCGGCAGUAGCAGCAGCAUACAUUUACUACGCAACCUGAGCGACGGGCAUUCUACAUUAAUGGGAGCGGUUGAAUGGGUAGAAGGAGAGGGCAGUCGCAAGGGAACAACGAGACAAGGCGGUGGAUGGAGUGCUUGCGAAUAAAGAAAAAGGGGAAGAGAUCACGAGAGCGGACGAGGGGAAAGGAUUGACGCAGUGAUGGUGGGCGCGCAGUGCAUGUGAAACGACCUUGGAUUCAUAUGCGACUUGGUACGUCGUCUUCACGCUCCCACUGGACGUCCUCCCAAUUCCUCUUCUGCCAUAUGACCAAGCUUGUCGAAGCCCGGCAGCCCGCACCUCCCUUAUCGCCUCCUCCUCUCCCGUCCUCCUGUUGACACCACAUGGAGGCCUACCCCGUGCCGCCGCCUCCUCCUCCUCCUCCUCCGUCAUUGCUGCACCAUGACCACCAAGCUGCCCGUGGCGGCGGCCAAGCCUUUCUCGCCUCCAACGCCGUCGUCCUAAUCGUCGUGCCUCUCCUGUUGCUCAUCCUCGUGGCCGUGGCCGCUCUGCUGCUGGUCAAGGUCUGCCGAGCCAAGGCCAGGAAGAGCAGAAACAUGAGCAGCUGCAACAGCAGCUUCCGGAAAGGCAGUUUCGACCGGAUGCAGAUGCCUGUGUACGCCGCUAAUGGCGGCGCCAACGCCAUCGCCUAUAGCCCAGAUGUGAGGAGUUGCAUCCAUGGGGGAAAGCUGGGGUGUACGACGCAGGCCAGGCAGAGGAGAGGGCAGGUGUUCACUUACAGGGAGCUGGAACUGGCCACGGAUGGGUUCGGCGAGAACAAUGUGAUCGGAAACGGUGGAUUUGGGGUGGUGUUCAGAGGAACUCUGUGUGAUGGGACGGUGGCGGCCAUUAAGCUGCUGCGCAGGGAAGACAAGCAAGGGGAGAGAGACUUCAGAACAGAGGUUGAUCUUCUGAGCCGACUGCACUCCGGUUACUUGGUCGGCCUGCUCGGUUACUGCGCCGACCAACAGCAUCGGCUGCUGGUGUUCGAGUACAUGCCCAAUGGCAGCCUGCAACACCACCUCCACCCCACCUCGAGGAAACAGAGCCUCAAGCCUCUCGACUGGUGGACGAGGCUUCGGAUCGCACUGGACUGCGCCCGGGCGCUCGAGUUCCUGCACGAGCACACCAUCCCCGCCGUCAUCCACAGGGAUUUCAAGUGCAGCAACAUCCUUUUGGACCACGACUGCAGGGCCAAGGUGUCGGACUUCGGCAUGGCCAAGGUCGGCUCCGACAAGAUCAAUGGCCAGGUGCUCACCCGAGUGCUGGGGACUACGGGAUACGUCGCGCCGGAGUAUGCGUCGACGGGCAAGUUGACGACGAAGUCGGAUGUUUACAGCUACGGCGUUGUUCUGCUUGAGCUUUUGACAGGGAGAGUGCCGGUGGAUCCUGGGAGGCCUCCCGGGGAGCAUGUCUUAGUCUCAUGGGCUCUUCCUCGGCUGACCAACAGAGAGAAAGUGGUGGAAAUGGUGGAUCCAGCACUGCGUGGACAGUUCUCGAAGAAGGAGCUGAUUCAGGUUGCAGCCAUUGCUGCUGUUUGCGUGCAGUCGGAAGCGGAUUACCGCCCUCUCAUGACGGACGUGGUGCAGUCGCUCAUCCCGCUCGUCAAGAACUCCGUGGCGGCGAGCCCUACCACUCCGUCCAGAGUUCAACUCUCGGUUGCAAGAUCAUGAUCCAGUGGGAGUUCGCAGCAUCUACCAGCGUAUGGGAUGGGAAGACGGAAGCUGGAUUCGGAAUGGUUACGCCAUUCAAGAUUCGGGAGGUGGAUGUGGGCAAAGACUGCAGGUAUACUGUAGUUGCGUUCAUAAGAUGCUCGACAUCGUGUUGUUCCAGUUAUAUACUUUUUGGCCAUGCUCUGGGCAGCUGCACAUUUCAUCAGAUCAAUCCACGAUAAAUUCUCAGAAAAAGGAAAAAUGAAUUGGAACAUGGAAUUCGCUCUUCGUCUUCA